AUGAUUAUCCUCUCUAUUGUGAUAUUUAUUUCGGAUACGGUUCUUACUAUAUCUUCAAGACGAUUUCUUUCUUUCUUUCUUUCUUUCUUUCUUUCUUUCUUUCUUCUGCUUGCUUUUAAACGUACUCGUCCCAAUUAUAACGCUCUCGCUGGUACCACUAUCAUGUCUACAUAUCUGCGUUAUAAUCCAAUUCUUCUAUCUCUCUAUCUAUCUAUCUAUCUAUCUAUCUAUCUAUCUAUGAGUUGUAUCUAUCUAUCUAUCUAUCUAUCUAUCUAUCUAUCUAUCUAUAUUUAUAUCUAUAUAUCCUUUCUUAUUUCUCGCCAAUUCACUUUCUAUAGCUUGCCAGCCGCCGAAACGCUGUAUGAUUGGCCAGAUCUCCCCAUCUAUCUAGCCACUAAUCAAACUGAUCACUCCGUAAAACCGGUUUGCUUAUCUCCCUUGCCUUUUCCGCUUUUCCAUGCCAUCUUCUCAACCCAUCUCCCCAACAAAUCUCCAGUCCACUCAACUACAAUUGUCGUGUCCUCUUUUCUGCCUACAUUUUCUUUCUGCGUGAAAGGAGUAACUCUUCCACCAUAUUGCCCUCUGAUGAAUUAUGUUCCUCUUCCCCUAGUUUAUCGAUUGGCCAGCAAAUUUCCCUUCUUCCUCACAUUAUUACUCUUCGUUUUUCUCUUUAUCGUGUCUCUCUUCACCAUCCUCCUCUUUUGUUAUUCAUAUUUCUUUCUCUCUUUUCUAAAUAGCUUCUAUAUUGAUAAAGAUAACCAUAUCUAUCUAUCUAUCUAUCUAUCUAUCUAUUUAUCUAUCUAUCUAUCUCUUACCAUUUGUGUUUGA